AAGAUUACCCAAAAUGCACUUGCAUUCGGGAAAUACCAGGCGCGCAAUAGAAAAAGUCAUACCAUGCGCAAAGUACGAUGUCUAGAGCUUUUAAACGCUGAAGAAUAAUACCGUAUGGAUUGAGGGGUCGAUAAUUAUCGGCGGAACAGCUCCGGACGCAGUGGGAAGAUAAAACAUCCCCCUUUGAACAUGUUUCUGAGCAAAGACGACACCGCGGAUUGGGCUCUCACGCGGGCAUGGCGGGCUAACUGACUGCGUGCUAACAGUUUAUCACUUUCCGCUCGCUGUCCAAAAGCUUAUUGGUGUACAUUGUUUUACCGCUUAAAGCAACAUGUCUGGGUUUAACUUCGGCUCCGGGGCUCUUGGCUCCGCCAACACCGGCGGAGGGUUCUCUUUCGGCGCCGCCACAAGUGCCCCUGCGGCCAGUACCGGGGGCCUUUCCUUUGGGACUCCUCUGGGGACAGCAGCUGCCACCCCUGCUUCCACCGCCAGUACCACCGCCUCUCUGGGGCUGGGAGCCACUCUUUUCGCUCAGAAGCCAGCUGGAGGCUUCUCUUUCAACACGCCUGCCUCAACUUCCUCUGCACCCGCCACAGGGCUUACAUUAGGUGCCCCGGCUGCUACGUCUGCAGCCACCGGCUUUAGUUUGGCCUUCAACAAGCCCACUGCAUCGGCAACGCCCUUCUCCCUCACCGCCACCACCACCUCCUCUACAGCCGGGGCCGGCUUAACUUUCGGCUCCAUCCUGACGUCGACGGCUGCGCAGCAGCAGCAGCAGCCGGCGGCCAGCGGGUUCACCCUCAGCCUCGGUGGGCCGACGACCUCCACGUCGGCCUCAGCGGUGCCGUCGCUCGGGGCUGGUCUGUUCUCCAGCACUGGAAUGGCGGGUUUGGGUCAGAGCACCCUUGGAGGCGGAGGCGGGUUAACCUUGGGUUCCCUGCUGGCCACCUCCACGGCGGCGUCGGCUGCUCCGGCCCCCAGUGUUGGCCUGGGUGGAGUUGACUUCAGCACUUCCUCUGAGAACAAAAGUGACGCCUCGUCUGGCACCAACGCACAGGACAGCAAGGCUUUGAAGGACGAGAAUCUGCCGGCAUUUAUUUGCCAAGACGUUGAAAGUUUUCAAAAAUUCGUAAAGGAACAGAAGCAGGUUCAGGAGGACAUAAGCAGGAUGUCGUCGAAGACCAUCGCUAAAGUCCAGGACGACAUCAAGAACCUCAAACAGCUUCUUUCUGUGUGUGCCAGCGGACUGCAGCGCCAGGCUCUGGCUAUUGACAAACUCAAGUUGGAGACAGCACAGGAGCUGAAAAACGCGGACAUAGCACUGCGCACGCAAAAGACGCCGCCUGGACUUCAGCAUGAGAACACAGCUCCCUCAGAUUAUUUUCGAAGCCUGGUGGACCAGUUCGAGGUGCAGUUGCAGCAGUUCCGGCAGCAGAUCGAGGAGCUGGAGAAUCACCUGACCACGCAGAGCAGCGGCUCACACAUCACCCCUCAAGAUCUGACUCUGGCCAUGCAGAAGUUAUACCAAACCUUUGUUGCUCAGGCGGCUCAGCUUCAGUCGGUCCAUGAGAACGUUAAGAUCUUGAAACACCAGUACCUUUCCUACCGAAGAGCCUUCCUCGAAGACUCCACCGACAUCUUUGAGUCCAAGCGAGCGUCCGACAGGAAGUGGCAGAGCGCGCCGCGGGUCACCACCGGACCCGCCCCCUUCUCCAGUGUCCCCAAUGCUGCAGCUGUUGCCAUGGCAGCCACGUUGACCCAGCAACAGCAGCCAACUCCAGGCACCCAGGCACCCUUGGGGGCAGGGUUUGGAAACCCCUUUGCCUCAGCAGUAGGCACUAGUUUGGGCUCUUCAACACUUGGAGGGUUUGGUGGCGGGCCAGGAUUCGGCGGCGUUGGAGCUGGGGGCUCCUCCUUUGGGUUCUCCUCUGCCAAUAAGCCUGCAGGGGGCAGUCUGAGUGCAGGUUUUGGCGGCACCAGCAGCUCUGGCUUCAACUUCAGCAACCCUGGCAUCAACCAGUCCGCAGGCCUGACGUUUGGCAUUUCCAACCAACAAGCCACUGCCUUUGGCACGCCCCUCCUGCAGCUAAAGAAGCCCCCCGCUGGCAACAAACGCGGAAAAAGAUAGAAACCGACGAAGACGGGGGGAAUAUUGCCGAGCAUCUGACCCGACUGGGGCUCGUAGCAAAGACGAGCCCGGCCUCUUAAAAGCAUAGCAGCGGAUUCUAUCAUGCAACACGUUUAUUUGGAGUUCUGUUACUUCAACCCGGAAAGAAAAAUCCUGUGGACAAUCUGUUUUGUUUACUAUUUCUUCUGUUAUUUUCCUGCAAAGAGGCAACAGAUCGCAUCAGAUGACGAGACGAUGUCAGAGACAAGGAUUUGGGGAAAUGCUAAAGCCAGAACAGUUGGUUCGACAACAAAUUGCUCAGUUAUUUUGAGUGUUUUCUGUCUAAAUAUUGUACAAGAUAAAUUCUUUUUUUUUUCUUCUUGCUUUCAGAUUGACUGUACUUUUCUUUCCGUUGCAUCAAAAACUCUUUCAAAACAGAGCUGCAGCGCUAAGGACUUUGCUGAAGUUGCGUCCGUAGAGGAUAAAAGAAUGAGAGAUAAAGGGAUAAGGAGCUUGUGAUAAUAGUGAGGAACAGUAUAGCCAUAUUCCACCAGUGUCAGUGAGUAUCAGAUCCUAGAUAGAGGCUGUCCAAGGUGUCUCUAGGGAGACGCCGUUUUAUUUUUCUAUCAAGUAAAGGCCGUUCAGAAGAAAGCGUAUGAACACAAACGUCGUCUGGGUUUUCAAUGUUGCCGGGAUCCAUUCUGAUUGCGUGAGAUCAUUUCUUUGUGGACAUGAUUUAUUUCCGUCUGUGCAACAAUGUAUUGUAAAGACCGUGGGGGGAAAAAAAUUAUUUUGCUCUUUUGUCCUCCGUCGCCUAUAAAAUGUGAGUUUCUUCUAACAGUUUCUCAAGCAUCUUCUGCUAGCCCAGUUUCUACAUGUGCUAGAUAAAGUUUGCACUAUCCAGUGUUUGUGAUCUGACCGUGAUUGUGUGAAUCUGUCACUCAGCUAUCAUGCUUCUGUCAAGUGUUGGGUUAAGAACCACAGCUUUUUUUUUUUUCUUCUUUUUGUCUAUGUCACUUUGGUUUAUCCCAAAUAAUUGUAGUUCUUUUGUUUUCUAUUCAGUCUGUGGAGAUCUGUAUUUUUGAGAUGCAGUUUAUUAAUAAAAUCUUUUGCCUGUU